AUGGCCAGAAUAAAGAAGAGGGGUACCACCGGGAAUGCCAAAAACUUUAUUACGAGAACCCAAGCAAUCAAGAAAUUGCAGAUUUCUUUGGCCGAUUUCCGUCGUCUUUGUAUAUUCAAAGGGAUUUAUCCAAGAGAACCAAGAAACAAGAAGAAAGCUAACAAAGGAUCUACUGCUCCUGUAACCUUUUAUUAUUCAAAGGAUAUUCAAUAUCUCUUGCAUGAACCUGUAUUGGACAAAUUCAGACAGCACAAGACAUUUGCCAAAAAAUUGCAAAAAGCUUUGGGAAGAGGAGAAGUUAGCGAUGCCUAUAAAUUGGAUCAACACAGACCAAAGUAUACUUUGAACCACAUCAUCAAAGAAAGGUAUCCUACAUUUGCUGACGCAUUGCGUGACUUGGAUGAUCCGUUAAACAUGUUGUUUCUUUUUGCUAACAUGCCUGCAACAGACAAGGUUUCUGCCAAAGUUGUUUCUGAAGCUGAAAAGUUGUGCAAUCAAUGGUUAGCUUACGUUGCUAAAGAAAGAUGCUUGAAAAAAGUUUUUGUGUCUAUCAAAGGUGUUUAUUACCAAGCCACUGUUAAGGGACAAGAAAUAAGAUGGUUGAUUCCGUACAAAUUUCCUACAAAUAUUCCGACCGACGUUGACUUUAGAAUUAUGUUGACGUUUUUGGAAUUUUAUUCUACUUUGGUACAUUUUGUGUUAUACAAACUUUACAAUGAAGCUGGGUUGAUUUAUCCUCCAAUAAUUGAGAAAUCAAUUGGGUUAAGUGGAUACGUUUUGCAAGAUAAAGAUGCUCCUUUGAAGAAGAAAGAGGAAAAGAAUGACGAAGAAGGAAAGAAUUUGUCAAAGAAAGAAUUGAACAAGGCCAUAAAAGCAGAUCAAGAACAACAAGAAAACGACGAGCAAGACAACAACAACGGAGAAUCAGUAGAAGAUAUUGAAUUGGACGAAUUCACAUCGACUAAAGAGGACUCGUUAUUACAACCUUCAAAGUAUGCAUCUCUGACAGCAGAAUUAUUUUCCAAGUUUAUCUUUUACAUUGGCAGAGAAGUUCCGUUAGACAUUUUAGAAUUCUGUAUAUUAUCAUGUGGGGGUAAGAUAAUUUCAGAAAUUGCUAUUGACGAUUUGAAGAUUAAUGAUCCUGAGGCAUAUAAGAAAUUGAAUUUAUCAAAUAUAACUCAUCAAAUCAUUGACAGACCCAAGAUCUUGCAAAAAGUUCCCGGAAGAACUUAUGUACAACCACAGUGGGUUUUUGACUCCAUCAACAAACAAGAAUUGAUUAAUGUCAAUGAAUACGCUGCAGGUGAAACAUUACCACCUCAUUUAUCUCCAUGGGGUGAUGCUGGUGGUUAUGAUCCAAACAAGGAAGUUGAAAAGGAAGACGGUGAAGCUGAAGAAGACACCGACGAAGAAGAAGAAGAAGUUGAAAUUGAGGACGGAGAUGAAGAUCAAGAAGAUGAGGAAGAGGAAGAAGAUGAAGACCUCAAGGCUCAAAAGGAAUUGGAAUUAGAAGCUGCUGGUGUUAAAUUCUCUGAAAUAAAUGAAGAGGAUAAGAAGAGUCACUCCAAAAAAUCGAAGGGAACUUCCAACAAAGAAGCUGAUGAAGAAAAGGAAUUGAAGAAGAUUAUGAUGUCUAAUAAGCAAAAGAAAUUGUUCAAGAAGAUGCAAUAUGGUAUUGAGAAGAAAGAAAAUAGAGAAAAACAAUUGACCAAAAAGAAGAAGCAAUUGAACAAAAAGAAAGAACAAUUGAAAAAAUUGAAUUGA